AUGGAAAACAUUGUUGGCGGAAAGUUUAAGCUAGGAAGGAAGAUAGGAAGUGGAUCUUUCGGCGAGCUUUAUCUCGGUGUUGACAUACAAACCGGAGAGGAAGUGGCAAUGAAAUUGGAGCCUAUCAAAACAAAGCAUCCGCAACUUCAAUAUGAGUCAAAAUUGUACAUUCUUCUUCAGGGAGGAAGUGGAAUCCCUCAACUAAGGUGGUUUGGCAUCGAAGAAGAAUUUAAUGUAAUGGUCAUUGACCUACUUGGUCCAAGCUUGGAAGAUUUGUUUAACUAUUGCAAUCAAAAGUUCACCUUGAAAACAGUUCUUAUGUUGGCUGAUCAACUAAUUAAUCGAAUUGAGUAUCUUCACUCAAAGGGCUUUCUUCAUCGUGAUAUUAAACCGGAUAAUUUUUUAAUGGGUAUUGGACGUAAAGCAAAUCAGGUUUAUGUCAUCGAUUACGGUCUCGCAAAGAAGUACCGAGACCUUCAAACUCAUAAACACAUACCAUACAGGGAGCACAAAAACCUAACAGGAACAGCUCGAUAUGCCAGUGUCAAUACUCAUCUAGGAGUCGAGCAAAGCAGGAGGGACGACUUGGAAUCACUGGGCUAUGUGUUAAUGUACUUCUUAAGAGGAAGCCUUCCUUGGCAGGGUUUAAAAGCCGGCACCAAGAAGCAAAAGUACGAUAAGAUCAGCGAAAAGAAAAUGCUCACUCCAAUUGAGGUGCUGUGCAAAUCCCAUCCAUCAGAGUUCAUCUCCUACUUCCACUACUGUCGAUCGCUGCGAUUCGAAGACAAACCGGAUUACUCGUACCUGAAAAGGCUCUUCCGCGACCUAUUCAUCCGAGAAGGUUACCAGUUCGAUUACGUUUUCGAUUGGACUGUAAUAAAGCACCCUCAGAGCAGCGGCAGUCCGAGAUAUCGCCAGGGAAGCGCAAGACCCGUCGGGCCUUCGUUGGAAAGGACAGAGAGGACUUCAGUCGGGCAAGAGGUUCGCGAUCGAUUCUCCGGUGCAGUCGAAGCGUUCGCAAGGAGAAACGUGUCGGCCUCUGGGAUUUGCAAUUCGAAUUUAUUUGAUAAGGUAAUUAAUUCAGAUCAAACUUUGUUCUCCACGUGGCAGGUUCUUGACUCGGAUAAAAGUCAGGCGUCCUCUUCGAGGAACGGCAGCGUGUCUAGGCGAGCGAUGGCCUCGGGCAGCAGCAAGCCGACCUCGUCCGGCGAUUCGAGCGAGUUCUUGGGCCGCACCAGCCGGUUCCUAUCGAGCAGCGGAAGCUUUCAGCAGCACAGCGUCCCGAGGCUGUUCCAGUCCGGGCCCAUGAGGUCUUCGUCGCUCGCUCGGACUGCAGACGAUCGCGCCCCUCAUAGCUUAGAGUUCCCGCCCGUCGACACUGAGAGGAGGAAGUAAGGCAGGCAGGCAGGCAGCGAGGGCCGAGGAAGUGGCCGCGUUCCGAGCUCUUCUGGGAAAGCAAAAGGCGAGUUCAUCAUCCUGCGCAGAAUCUGUUCACACUCGACAGACUUGUUAAUUGUGAUCCGAGUUUUAGUACCAACCUUGAAAUAAUGUUGUUCGUUUUAUUUAUUAUUUUUUUAUUUUUUUAUGUGAAGAUGUACAUUAUGCUUGAUUGAUUGUGUUUCUAAAAUAUUUAAUUGUUUCAUGC